GUUCCGCCCAUCAUGCCCGCCCCGCUCCUCCUGCUCCGCGCUCUGCUCCUCCGGGCUCUCAGUAGUCGGGCGGCGGUGUCCGGGGGUCGGCAGCUCCUGCGGGGGGCGCUCUGGGCCCGGGGCCGCCUCUCCCUCCUGCUCCGCCGGCUCUGGGACUAUCUGACAUCCGAACAAUUCCGGCAAAGCCUCCUCAGCUGUGUCCUCUGCCUGCUCAGCCUGGCCAGGAAGGAGACCACGAGGAGCAGCACAUAAAUCCGGUGGACCGCAACACGAAGGCCACACGACCGCCACACGCCCGCCACACGACCGCCACACGCCCGCCACACGCCCGCCAUGAGGAAGCCACAGCCAUUUACUAUUGGGACGAGACUCUCCAUCCCUAAGUGUCCAGAUUUAUCUACCUCCAGUCCUGGGGCAGAUGGCGCCUUAAAGCCCCCGCACAUCCACGACCCCCUCUGUGGGCACCUGGUGCAGGACUCCCCCCCGUCUCCUCCGCGGGGCGCCGCACACCCACCGGACUCUUAUAUCACAGAUGGGGAUCAUUUCUGUCCUGGAUCUCUGGUUCGUUCCAUCAAAAAGAUCGCCCUGUCCAGGCCGGCAGAGGGCGCGGUGCUGAGGGCGUGGCCUGCGGCCAAAACCGUACACGGGAACUGUAAUAAUAACAACAGCCGCGGACUGAGUCACGUGACACCGGGCGCCGCUGACCUGCCGCAGUCUGUGAGGGAUCCACGACUGAUAAUUGGCGUGGCGGAAUGUCAUAGGACGGCCAAGGGUCCUGGACCCCCCUGUGAUUCUUUGAGGACUUCGCCCCCCGACAUCAUACAGCUCAGCCGGGAGAUCAAGCAGGUGGAGAACUGGGUGCAGUGUAAACUACAGGAGGUGACUGAAGAGGGCGACACCUCAACCCUCCAGAGAGACCUCCAGACCUACGAGGGGUCCGUGCUGCAGCUGAGCCAGAUGGUUGAUCAGGUGUCCAGGGCCCAGCCCCCCGGCAUGGCCUCAGUCCGCUCCCAACUCCACACUCUGAGGGACCAAUGGCAACUACUGAAGAAGAUGGCCGUCAAUCAGAACUGCGCACUGGGCGGGGCCACAGCCCUGCUUGAGUUCAAUAAGAAGGCAGAUGAGUUGGAAAUGUGGAUGAGGGAGAAGGAGGAUAUUCCCCCCCUUCACCUCCUCCUGGACGAGAACCUGGACAAAGUGCAGAUAACCCGCAAAAUCCUGGACCUGAAGCAGGAGCAGAUCCGUUACUGCAGCCUGCAGGAGAACAUCAACAACCUCGCCCAGAAACUGGAGAAACUGGGGCGUCCGGAGAGCCGAGCCGCGGCCACCCGCCGGAAACACCUCAAUCGCAUGUGGCUGCGGCUCCAGACAUCACUACAUGAACAUCACCAGACCCUGCAGUGGGCGCUAGAGGCAGCGUCUCUGUGGCAUCAAUCAGACACCAUCCUGAGGACCCUGGAGGAGAAGAGCCGCAGUGCGGUGGCGCUGAGCAGAGAUGGCGGUCAUACAGAUCAGGAUCUCAGGGACAUCGGCAGACAGAUCAUGAUGUUGGAUGUCACCAUCUCCCAAGUGUCCAGACUCCAUCCUCUGCUGUCAUCCAGAGCGCUGCACAAGUACCAGCAGAUGAAGGAGCGAUGGGCCCGACUCCAGCACACACUCAGAACGGCCCCGUCCAGAAGAGAAGAGGGCGACCCUGUGACCCCGCAGCAGAGCAGCGUGGGAAACCAAGAGCAGAGCCUCCUGGGAUGUGUGGUCCCUGUGUGUCAGAUCGAGAAGACGAAUAUUGGGAAAUCCACCGCACUGAGCGCGCUCUCUCCACAGCGACAAACAGAGGUCAGAGGUCGCCAUCAAAGCCAGACCACGAGGUCAGCGACCUCCGAGCCAGGAGCCAAUCACAGUCCUCAAAAAGGUCACCAGCCGCCCAGACCACCCCAGACCCCCGAGGUCAGACAUCUUCUUCAGGAGCUCGGCUCUGCCUGUCAGUGGCUGCAGGGUGUGGAGCGGCUGUUAUCAGAGCCGGCCGCCAUGAGGAGCCCCGAACUGAUCCGUAAGGACCUGAAACAUGUAUCACUGCUGGAGCGCGAGGUGAGGGCGCGAGGGGCAGCGCUGCACGGUCUGCGAGGAAACGUCCGGAAACUAAAAACAGCGGUGACUGAGGAGGUAAAGGAGAAGGUCCAGGAGGUGGAGGAGAGGUUCCAGACGCUCCAGGACGCUUUCCCGCGCCGGGUCUCCGAUCUGAGGGACACUCUGGUUCUGUCCGAAUUCAUGAAGGUCGUACAAAUGGAGGAAGAGCGGAAGAAGAAGGAAACGAUGACUGCGCCAGAUGCCGUCCGCGGUGACCCCAACGCCCCGUCCACCCACCGGACAGAGACCUUCACCCCAUUGGAGGAGCUGCAGGAGGCCGUGGAGAUGCUGAAUGAGGCCGCCGCAGAGCGAGAACGAGCGCUGAGCGCUACCAGGGAGACCGCGGAGCUAGAGGGCAAGGUCUCCACUCUGGGCCACAUGAUGGCGGCCGCCCGCGCCAAACUACAAGAUGUCCGCUCCUGUGCGGAGGCCGCGGAGAAGGAGUUUGUGACUGUGAAGAAAGAAACGGAGUUGAGAGAUCUGAGGGGAACGUUCACCCUACAGGAAGAGGUGGAGUCAGACAUAUCUGCGGUGAUCGGGCCGGAGGUUCGGAGGCUGCAGGACCUUCACCCGUUCCGGUCGGUCGGGGGUCUGGAGGCCGCGCUCAGGACGUGGACAGAUCUACAGGAGCUCGUGAGCGAGAAUCAGGCGCAAAUACAGAGGACGGAACGGCUCCGGGAAUUCUUCCUGCGCUACCUGAAGAUGAUAUCAUGGACGGAGGUCACCAGAGGUCAGAUCGUGUCGGAGAGCCCCCGGAGCCGUUUCAGCUCUGCACAGAGGGAGGAGCUAGAGAGGAGGAUGGAGGGGAGGCUGAAGGAGUUUGAGGCCUUGGCUGGGAUUGGCUGGAGGCUGAUUGGAGAGGAUCACACGCUGGCCCGGAUGAUCCAGGAGCGGCUGGAGGAGGUUCAGGGGCUGCUCAGCUGGUUACUCAUGAGGUGGAAAGACCAGAAACACAAAAGGAUUAUGGGAAACCAGACGCCAAAGAUGAAGACGAGCGAAGAUGAUGACAACAUGAAGGAACUAAAGAUCGCCCUCGGCUCCGCAGCCUUAGAGUUUGAGUGUCCGGAUGAUGAGGAUGUGAUCCCUCCCCCGGCCCCCAGGGGCCCCACUCUGCGCAAAUACAGGAGGAGGGCCCUCAGUCCUAUACUGUUCCAGCCUCUGCCCUGCAGGCCCACAGUGGGCAUUGACGUGGAGGAGGGACGACACCAGGACGGUCCCAGGAAGUGCGCCAAGGGGCCCUUAUGGUUGGAGCCCAAGAAUUUACCCAGAGAAUCCGUGAGCCCCGAACCCCAGGAAGAAGCCAUGAUGGUCAGUGUUUAUCUGAACACAAAGGAAGCACCAGGCACUUACCAAAGUCUGACUGUGCCCCGAGUUUCCAGGACCGUUCUCCCCUCUGGACACAGCUCCUUUGUGUCUUCCUUGGACUCUUCCUCUGCUGAUUUACCAAAGAUCAGAUCCAACAUAUUCUUCAAGAGUCUCAGGAGGAAGGAGAAAGCUGAGAGAUGUACAAUACAAGGGAUUAUGGGACUUUACUCAGACAGAAAAACCGACACCAAAGAUUCCACCAGAUACCAGACCUCUACAUGGCCCCCAAAGCAGGAGAAGAAAGUCACCGCUCCAGGGACAAAUAUGGAACAUGAAACCUUUCUAAACUAUGUAAAAAACCCGCUCAGCAAGGACAUCGAUGCCCAGUGUGGACCUGGUACUAAGAAGCCGCAGCCUAAAAGUCUUCUACCUAGUCAACAUGCAAUGCCCAGUUGUGGCCCACGUCUUACUAUAGGUAGUGUCCUCACCCUACACAUCUCUAAGGAGCCUGACGUAUUGGACAAUAUCCAGGACACAAUUACUGUAAUACCUGCAGAUGACUCAGGGGAAAAGCCCAAACCUGCAGCUGAGAAGAUGGAGACAGAAGAAGCCUCACCCAUCCAUGGAGGAGACAACCAGAUGUCAGGAACCAGGGCAUGGCUGGAAGCGCUGACUGGUACCUCAGGAUAUUGUAGGCAGAAUAUUCAUGGGUAUUUGAAGUCCAUGGCCAACGAACAGGAGUCUCGUGACUUGGAGAACUUAAUCGAAAACUUUGAAGAAGACAGACUUUCCCCUAUUGUCUUAAGGCAACUUGAUCCUGACUGGGAUACACAUGAAGAAGCCUUGACGUCACCAAAGAACCUUGAAGAUGCUUCACCAAGCUGUGACCUCUCCAAUUCCCGAUGUCAUAGUGGAGGAGCUACCACCAUGUGUCCAGACCACCGAGAGACCAGAGGAGCUACCACCACGUGUCCAGACCUUCGAGAGACAGAAAUACACACUACCAAUACAUCUCUAAUCCUCAGGGACACAAGAGGACUUACCACCUUAUCUACAGUCCUUCAAGACACAAGAGGAGCUACCACCACACGUCCAGACCUCCGAGAGACAAGAGGAACUACCACCACGUGUCCAGACCUCCGUGAGGCAAGAGGAGCUAUAUGUACUCCUAUAGUCCUCCAAGAGACAGGACAAUCUACAACCUCAUCUCCAAUCCUCAGAGAGACACUUGGAGCCUUCAAUGUGAAGAAGCAUUCCGAUAAUGGACAACCUGCACCAAUGUUUUCCUUUGGCUGUGUCCUCCACACAUGUGAACCAUCUCACCAGUCACAUGACCACUACAGUCCCGUGGAGACUUCAUAUGACAAAAGGAUGUUCUCAAAGACCAAUUCACCUCCAGAAGUUCUCCAUCCAGACCAGGAAUUCUUGGAGAACGAUGAUGAGGAACUGGAAGGCAUCUGGAACAAUGCCAAGAUGGCUCCAUUGGUGUGCCAAGCACAGGCACCUCACGACCUGAUACCCAAAAACGUGGUGAGGGGUAGUCUGUCUCCAGUGAAACCCAAACCUCAUAGAGAACCAUAUGGCCAGGUUUUGAUGGGGUCCCAACCCAACAUGUUGGUGGCCACGUUCACUCUGCCGGCUUCUGCCUUGUUAGCUACAGAGUCUGUGACAGAGAAAAGACCCAACAAUUGUAAGGAGAAGAGUCCGAGUACAGUGCCAGCCCCCCCACACAAGCAUCCAGAGGAGAUCAGUGAAGGAAGAUCAGUGCCAAGUCCACAGGCUCCUCCACCCGAGACUGUAGAAGAGGCAUCCAUGUUCAAGGUGACCCGGAGACUGGACUUCCACCUUAUGGAGGGCUCCUUGGAGAAGAAACACGUCCUGCAGGUUGGGGGCCGGAAGGCCUCCAACCGCACGUGGGGGACGUUCUAUGCGGUUCUGGUGCGGCGGACCCUCUGCUUCUACUAUGACCACAAACAUUCUACCAAGAGAUCGGCGUCUUCUCCCCCCCUGCACCUUACUGGGGCCGUCUGCACCCUGGAAUCAGACUAUACCAAGAGAGACAACUGUUUCCGGCUGCGAUUAAUGGACGGCUCUGAAUAUCUUUUUCGGGCGCCGACCCCGGAGUCCCUCCAGCAGUGGGUGAAAAGACUGCGUCACAACUCAGGGAUGGAGGACGCGGAUCUUCUGCGGGGGGCAGCAGUGGCCUCUGACCGAUCCCCAAGAAUCAGGUCCCUGAUGCCGGAUUUGUGCCAGUCUGAACCAACGCGAGCCGAUCCAUCUUGGAAGGAGGGGGAGACUAUGACAGCUGGAAUCCCAAAGAAUAACUCCCAUCAUCUGCUGCUGGAGGGUGCGGACCCCGAGAGUAACGGGACAACAAGGAGGAGGUCACAGUCCUUCAGCUCCGUCGUGUAUCAGAAGGUGCCAUCGGUGUCGGGCCCCCAGGACUCCUCCUUCUCGGUGACCCUUUACAUUGAUGACCCCCUGAUCCCCCGUAUUCGCUGUCAUUCCUUUGCCGCUCCGCAGGGGGCGCUGCUCAGCAGACACACAGCCCACCUGAGGCCACAGAAUAAAUCCGUCUUCAGAAAGUUUUUCCGUAAGAAAGAAUGAGACCUGUAAACCCUACUGCAAGACCAGAGGAUUGUGGACCCAGGGGCCCUACUGCAAGACCAGAGGAUUGUGGCCCCAGGGGCCCUACUGCAAGACCAGAGGAUUAUGGGACAUGAGGGAAUCAGUGAGCGCCCAGGACUCUGCAGUGGUCAUGUGACCUGAAAUACUGCGCCCAGGAAACCUGCACAAAGAACAAUCUAUUCACUGGGUAUUUAUUACUACUGGGGGGGGGGGGUGAGGAGAGCUCAGCCCACUGUAUGAUGACAUCACUACGCCAAAAUACCCACCGCUGAUCCCAUUAUAUACAUCACAUGUACAAUACAUAGAAACUGCUUUACUGGGGAGAGUGUAGUGUACACCCAGCAGAAUAGUGAGUACAGCUCUGGAGUAUAAUACAGGAUAUAACUCAGGAUCAGUACAGGAUAAGUAAUGUAUGUACAGAGUUAUCUCACCAGCAGAAUAGUGAGUACAGCUCGGGGAUAUAAUACAGGAUAUAACUCAGGAUCAGUACAGGAUAAGUAAUGUAAUAUAUGUACACAGUGACCUCACCAGCAGAAUAGUGAGUACAGCUCUGGGGAAUAAUACAGGAUAUAACUCAGGAUCAGUACAGGAUAAGUAAUGUAAUGUAUGUACACAGUGACCUCACCAGCAGAAUAGUGAGUACAGCUCUGGGGUAUAAUACAGGAUAU